AGUUUCGAUUCUAAGAGAUUCUAGACAGCUUACGAUCAGCAUCAUGAAAGUAUUCCUUGUGUUUGCCGCACUCGCAGCUCUGUCUGUGGCAUCUGCCGUGGGGCUAACUGAUUCCCAAAAAGCUGAGGGUAAGCUGAGGGCCCAGGCUUGCGCCAAACAGGAGGGAAUCACGAAGGAGCAAGCCCUUGCCCUGAGGUCUGGAAACUUUGCGGACUCCGAUCCGAAGGUCAAGUGCUUCGCCAACUGUUUCCUGGAGCAGAGCGGCUUUUUGGCCAAUGGGCAGCUAAAGCCUGAUGUAGUUUUGGCCAAACUGGGUCCCAUCGCCGGCGAAGCCAGGCUCAAGGAGGUGCAGGCCAAGUGUGACUCGAUCAAGGGAACCGACAAGUGCGAUACUGGCUACAAGCUGUACAAGUGCUACAGCGAAAACCGUGCCCAGAUCUAAUAACAAAAUUGUGAACCGAUCAUUUUAAAUUAUCGAGUUAAAUAAACUUAUAUUGAGCUGCCUGAUAUAAAUAGGUGUGCAAUCAAUUUUGAGAAA